UCCCCAUCCCAUGAUCCCAAAUCCCUGGAGCCCAGGUUCCCCUGGGACUCUCAUCCCUGAGUCCCUGCUCCCAUGGCACCUGCAUUGCCCUGGACACCCAUCCUUGGCUCCCUACGCCUCCUCAGCCACUGAAUUUUGGAUACAGAACAUGCCCACUACGUCCCCACCAUGUCCCCACCAUGUCCUCGCCAUGUUCCACAAUGUCCCCACCCUGCCCCCAGCCUGCCCCCACCCUGCCCCCACCAUGUGCCACCUACACAUAAGGAUGAGACCUGACAUCACUUCCUUCCUCUUUGGCCAAAGAGCCUCCACCCAGGGGACAGGCGGAAUCAGCAGCGUGUGACAGCCAGCCCGGGUGGCCGGGGACAGCGGGAUGGCCGGGACGGUGGCACUGGUCCUGUGGGCCCAGACCCUCGGCCUCGCUGGCGCCCAGACCACCCAGCUCCUCGUGCAGCCCCCCUGGACGCCGCCGGUGCUGUGGGACCGGGUGACACUGACCUGCCAGGGCUCGGGCACUGCCGCUGCCACCACCUGGCACAAGGACGGGCAGCGCUGGCGGCUGCAGGGACCCGACCGAUUCGUUGUCACUGAGAGUGGCACCUACCAGUGUGACAGACCCAGCACUGGGCUCAGCCCCCCCGUGAACGUCUCCAAUGCCUGGCUGGUGCUGCAGGUGCCGGCACGGGCGCUGCUGGAGGGGGACACGGUGACACUGCGCUGCCGGGGCUGGCAGAACAAACCGGUGACCUCGGUGUCCUUCUACCGCGAGGAGAAACAACUGCAGCUGUUCCGCGAUGGGACCGAGCUGUCCCUGUCCCCUCUGCGGCUGCACCACAGCGGCCGCUACCGCUGCAGGGGCUGGGUGUAUUCCGAGGUUUCAGGGGGUUGGAUUGAGCCGGAGUCGGCGCCGGUGACAGUGACAGUGCACGUGCCCGUGGCCAAUGCCACCAUCAGCCCCGGUGCCCUGGCACAGCCGGUGCGCGCAGGUGACCCCGUGACCCUGCGCUGCUCGGUGCAGGUGGGCUCAGCCCCUGUCACCUUCACCUGGCUGCGCAACGGCAACGAGGUGGCCCGGGGUCCCCUCCUGGAGCUCGGGGACGUCCAUGUGGGACAUUCCGGCACCUACCAGUGCGUGGCCACCAACCAGCUGGGACAGGACGGGCACCGCGUGUUCCGGGCGCUCAGCCCCGAGCUGGCACUGACGGUGACACCGCGGGCACACUGGGACACAGUGUCCCCAGCAGUGGCCGCAGGGGUCGGUGGUUCUCUGCUGUUCCUGGUCCUGCUCCUGGGUGUCAUUGUGGGCUGGCACCGGUGGCACCGCCUGGCCGCCAGGAAGCACCAGGAAAGGGCCCCCCCAGAGCCCCCGCCCGCCCCAGAGGAGGGGGAGGUGCUGUACAGCCUCGUUGGGAGCACCCGGAAUGCAGGGGGGUCCCCCCACGCCACAUCCCCCCAGGUGACCUACGCGGAGCUGCCGGGACCCCACGGGCGACAGCAGGACCCCAGUGACAUCUAUGAGAACGUGCUGUGACACUGGGGGCACUGGGGGGCACUGGGGGCACUGGGGGGCACUGGGGGGCACUGGAUGCCCCUGCGUGAGGGCACCCCCGUGUGUCACCCCCACCCCACGGCUCCCAUGGGUGCCCACCCUGCCUGGGGGGGGGGGGGUGGUCACGAGUGGGGGGUCCCAUGUGGGACUGCCCAGAGCUCCCCGUUCCAGUGCUCCCAGUGCUCCCAGUACCCUCCAGGGGUUCUCCAUUCCCCCUCCAAGUGCCGGGGGGGGCACAGGACCCUUUUCCCUCUUCUUGGACCCAAAAGGCAGCGUUUGGAUUAAAGUGGGAGAAAUGGG